AUGAAGUUCCAUUGGGUUCUGCAGAUCUUUCAUUCUCGUUUUUCCUUUUUCAGUUUGAUGAAUGGGAUUCCCGCUUUGAAGAAGAAGGUAGUGAAUAAAGCCAUUGUGCAUAAAACCAAAACCUGCAAGAAGCAACCCUUGUUGAGUGGUGUAAAUGAUAAACUUCAGAUCAUUAGUGCAGAGGACAGUGAAAAACAGGAUGAUGGAGAUAUAACGUUGCAAAAUUUAAAGAGAAAGAGAAGGAGAAAGAAGAGAAAAGAUAAUGUGGAGCUUGAUGAAGCUUUGCGAUUGCAAAGGAGGACGAGGUACCUGUUGAUAAAACUGAAUCUGGAGCAGAAUCUUAUUGAUGCUUAUUCUGCGGAAGGUUGGAAGGGUCAGAGUCGAGAAAAGAUUAAACCGGAAAAGGAACUACAAAGAGCUAAGAAGCAAAUAUUGAAUUGCAAACUUGGAAUACGUGAAGCUAUUCGCCAACUGGAUUUGCUUAGUUCUGUAGGACGCAUUGAUGAAUCGGCAGUUGCACCAGAUGGAUCUGUUCAUCAUGAACAUAUAGUCUGUGCCAAAUGUAAGAUGCGUGAAGCUCUCCCCGAUAACGACAUUAUACUUUGUGAUGGCACAUGUAACCGUGCUUUUCACCAAAAAUGUCUUGAUCCUCCGCUGUCAACAGAAAAUAUUCCUCCAGGAGAUGAAGGCUGGUUUUGCAAAUUUUGUAAGAGUAAGAUGGAAAUAUUAGAAGCUACAAAUGCUCACCUUGGGACCCAUUUUUCCAUGGAUAUUAAUUGGCAGGAUGUUUUCAAGGAAGAAGCUAUAUUACCUGAUGGUAAAGAUUCCAUGUCAUGCCCAGAACAAGAAUGGCCGUCUGACGACUCCGAAGAUGUUGAUUAUGAUCCAGAAAUAAUUGAACCUAGUUGCAGUGAUAGCCUGGCUAACUCUGAAUCUGAAGGCUCUGAGUACAGUUCCAGCUUUUUAGGGUCUCUUGAGGAUGAACCUCUUUCUUUGUCGGUAGGAAAUGAACAGAGGAGAAAAGAAUGUCAAGAGUUUUAUUCGGAGUUAAAUGGGGUAGAUUCUGAUGAGAUUACCGAUGGUGAAGCUUUAUGUGGUCGCAGACAGCGAUCAACUGUCGACUAUUUAAAAUUGCAUGAUGAAAUGUUUGGAAAGAAUGCUGCUGAAGACGAACAAUUCAGUGAAGAUGAAGACUGGGGUCCUACAAAAAGAAAAAGGAAAGGAAAGGAGACUGAUGCAGGUGGCAUCCUUGUGACUCUAUCUGAGAUGGAGAAGAACUGUUCAAAAGAAAAACUUAAAGAAGUCAAGGAAAAACUCUCAGGUGGGAAGAUGAAAAGACCAAUUUUCAGACUUCCACUUAAUGCAAUUGAGAAGCUUCGACAUGUUUUUGCUGAGAAUGAACUUCCAGCCAGAGCAGUAAGAGAGAAUCUUUCCAAACAGCUGGGUAUAGAAUUUGAUAAGGUCAACAAAUGGUUCAAGAACGCACGCUACCUAGCUCUUAAAGCCAGAAAGGUGGGAAAUGUAAAAUCAUCUCAUGAUGGUAGUCCUGGUAUUCAAGAGGAAUCUUCAUCAGAAACUGGAACUAGUAAACACGCUGAUCAAAUGGCAUCGAAGGAUAGCACAUUACCGCAGACACCUAAGAGUUCAAAAAUGGCUCGUAGAGGUAAGAAACUCAUUUUGCUGACCAAUCCUUUGAAGGGAAAACAGAGGAGGAAAACAAUGCUACAGAAGCCAGCUACCAACAAGGUGGCUGUGGAUUUUGGUGAUGAUGUGAGCCUGAAACUUCUUAGAGAAAAGGCCAAGGAAGCUAAGAAGUCAAAUCGGAUGAGCAGGAGUCGUAUUCUGGCGGCAGAAGCUGAGAUGAAGCGGCUUUGUGAAAUUAAGAGUAAGGUAGAAAAUCUCCAGCAAGUUUUACGAGGACUUCCGAAUCAGAGACUCAAUAAAGUCGAUGCCACCACCUUAAGUGAACCAUGCAUCGUCUACGUACCUGUAGCAGAGGUAAGGGAGAAAAGUUGA